AUGGUUUAUUCAAUAGGCUAAGCCAAAAGAUCUGAUCCUGCUCUCAAAACAAUAGCACCUGCCCCCAACGCCUAUCUUCCGAAAUUGAUUUCCAAGCUACAAGCGCCUCAAUGGACUAUCGGUGGGGCAGCUCAAAGGGCUGGUCGAUCUACAUCAAUAGGACCUGGACCUGGACAAUAUGGCUAUCAAUCCAAACUAAUUGAAGGACCAAAAUACACAAUAAGUGGAAAACACGAAACCAAGUAAGCUUCGAUGUCACCUGGACCGGGAAACUAUAAUGAUGAAAGCUUCAGUUCUGUUUACAAAAAGUAGCCCAUGUACACUUUGGGUCUUAAACAUCACACUUCUCAAAAGGACUUGAUCCCUGGUCCUGGACAAUAUGAUUUGAACAGUUCCUAUAUCUCCAGCAAUUCAAUUAAAUUUCCUACCUAACCUAGAUUGACAUCUUUAGAAGGGGGAAUGUCUCCUGGACCUGGAUGUAACUUAGAAUAUAAUUCUUAGAAUACAAUAUUGACAAAGCAGCAAAGUUAUUAUUAGAGAAAUCUUAACCUUCCUGGAUCUCCGGAUAUGAGGAAGCAAGAUCUGUAGCCAGGACCUGGGGCUUAUCAUUUAAAGAGUCUGCUCAACCUAUCCAAAAACUUCACGAUCAAAUAGAAACUAUAGAACAAGGAUUAUAGUUCCUAUCAGCCAGGUCCUGGGGCAUAUGAUUAGGACGUAUCAACUAUCAAAUCUCAUUAUCCUUCUUAUAAGAUAGGCUCUGAAUUGAGGAAUACAUAAAAUGCUAUGGACAAACUGGUUCCUGGUCCUGGACAAUAUUAUAGAGAAUUGGAUAGUCUAAACUCGUUGUAGAAGUCAGCUCCGUCUUUCAAAAUGCCUUAAGCACUGAGGAAGGAUCUCAAUGACUCGGUUACGAUAACUCCUGGACCUGGAUAGUAUUCGAUGCCGAAGAAUUAGAAUACGUAGAUGGUCUCGAUGAAGGGAUCGAAGUAUAAUCCCAAUAAUUCUUCAUUCAUUCCAGGACCAGGUUAGUACAACCCAGAUGAUUCAGUAUGCAAACACAAGGAUGGUUCAGUGAGAAUAGUGCCAGAACACAAAUCAAAAUAACUAUUAACUCAAUAUUUCCCAGGGCCUGGACAAUAUUCGGUUAAAUCAUCUCUCGAAGGUCCUUAAUGGGGAUUCUCUAAAGACAUUCGUCAAGGCUUAAUAAAGAAGGACGUCAUUCCAGGUCCAGGAGCCUAUAAUAUCCCUCCAAAAUUUAAUGAUGUUCCGAAGUAUCUAUUGCCUAAACAAUUUUGA